GGGAACCAGAGGACACGAAGGGGAUCAGGGGACUGGGGGCAACCAGGGGCAAGCAGGCUGGGUCGCAGGCAGCAGCCGCCGUGCCCCGCAGCGCACGGCACUACCCGGCACCGCUCUGCACUACACUACCCAGCGGGCACCGCGCGGCGGGAGGAAGCACGUCUGCGCACUGGGCUACUCCGAGCCAAGUUUGGAGCUGCGAGCUGCCAGCCCUGGCCCAUCAUGUAGGUGCAGCAGAGCCUGUGCCAUUGGGGAAGGGAAGGAAAAAAAAAAAAAAAAAAAAAAGAAAGACUGAGCCCACUUUGCAAGCUGUCCCGCAAGGUGUGCAAUUGCCCGGGCCUCCCCGCUGCAGCCCCGCCUGCACGAAGACUGAGCGCCUGCAGUUUGCAUCUUGGCUGCAAAAAAAAAAAAAAAAAAAAAAAAAAACAAAAAAAAAAAAAAACCUAGCUCCAGAAGAGAAGCAAGGCAAAGUCUUUUGUGCUGCCCCUCCCCCAGCCAAGCCAAGGGAGGGGGAGCAAAAAAAAAAAAAAAAAAGAAAAGAAAAGAAAAGAAAAAAAAAAACCAACCAAAAAAAAAAAAAACCCAACCAAAAAAAAACAAACAAAAACCAAAAACCCAAACCAUGUCUCAGGCGAGAGGCAAGAAGAGAAACCCGGGGCUGAAAAUUCCUAAAGAAGCAUUUGAGCAACCACAGACAAGCUCCACGCCACCUAGAGAUUUAGACUCCAAAGCCUGCAUCUCUAUUGGGGAGAAGAACUUUGAAGUCAAGGCCGAUGAUCUAGAGCCGAUCUCCGAGCUGGGACGAGGCGCGUACGGGGUGGUGGAGAAGAUGAGGCACAUGCCGAGCGGGCAGAUCAUGGCGGUAAAGAGGAUCCGAGCCACGGUGAAUAGCCAGGAGCAGAAGAGGUUACUGAUGGACCUGGACAUCUCCAUGAGGACGGUAGACUGCCCCUUCACUGUCACCUUCUAUGGGGCUCUCUUUCGAGAGGGAGACGUGUGGAUCUGCAUGGAGCUGAUGGAUACCUCCCUGGACAAAUUCUACAAACACGUCAUCGACAAAGGCCUGACGAUUCCAGAAGACAUCCUAGGGAAAAUAGCUGUCUCCAUUGUAAAAGCGCUUGAACAUCUACAUAGCAAACUCUCCGUCAUUCACAGAGAGCAGAUUUUUUCAGAAGUGGCCUCUGAAGAUAGGUGCGUUCAGAGAGGCGGCGUGGCUCAUGAUGUAAAGCCCUCCAACGUGCUGAUCAAUGCACUGGGGCAGGUGAAAAUGUGUGAUUUUGGAAUUAGCGGUUACCUCGUUGACUCUGUUGCUAAAACCAUGGAUGCAGGAUGCAAACCUUACAUGGCGCCUGAAAGAAUAAACCCUGAACUGAACCAGAAAGGCUACAGCGUCAAAUCAGAUAUCUGGAGCCUGGGAAUCACUAUGAUCGAGCUGGCAAUCCUGAGGUUUCCGUACGACUCGUGGGGAACGCCGUUCCAGCAGCUCAAGCAGGUGGUAGAGGAGCCUUCGCCACAGCUCCCGGCAGACAAGUUCUCUGCAGAGUUCGUUGAUUUUACCUCGCAGUGCUUGAAGAAGAAUUCCAAAGAACGACCAACGUACCCCGAGCUUAUGCAACAUCCUUUCUUCACCCUGCACGAAUCCAAAGAGACAGACGUCGCCUCUUUCGUCAAACUCAUCCUGGGAGACUGAGAAGCGGAGUAGCACACGCUUCUGCCCUUCCUCGGACCGGUGGGUCUGGGGAGGGGGCGCGCGGCGGGGCUCUGUCAUGACAGCACCAAGAGAAAGUUGCCGGUUUUCUUUUUAACAGCAAAAACCCACCUCUCCCAAGUUUUUAAAGGGUUCUUUGGUAUCCAUAGUGACAUAGAGUGAACUGGUUAGUGAAUUGAAUUUUUAAAAGGUUGGUAACCUGACAACAAAAAAAUUUUUUCAAGGGUGAUUUAAAUAUUUAAUGACUGUCAAAAUCCCCCUCCUAACUCCCCCCUCCCCCCUUUCCUCAUUCCUCUCCAACCAGAAUUUGCUUUUGUCAUGGUAAUAGGUGCUAUGGUAGUCAUGAAGUUGUGUGUAGAGUUAUAUUUUGUCCCUCCCGUUAUUUUAAUAUUUAUGUUAAGUGCUUGAUUGAAUAGAUUUCUGUUUUAUAUGAGGAUGAACGUGUGGUGAUGACCAUAAUGAUAAGCGAGGCUACAGCGAGCAAUAUUUAUAGGGCUUAGCUGGGGAAAGGGUUUCAAGGAGAAAAAGAAAGCAAAAAAAAAAAAAAAAGCAUAAAUGUCGUGGAAAUUAUUGAAUGCGCAUCGUUACAAGAGUUUAACAGGGAUUUCAGCUCAAGUGCUGGAGCUGCCUUGGAAGACAGCUUGGAAAGGGAGCACCAGACGUGUUGUGGGUCAAGCCAGGUCUUUUCCAGGAGGGACGUUGCCCUCCGCGCUGUGCAAAGAGCACGCGCGACCCGGGUGCACGGUAUUUGCGAUGCAUUUCCAGCAGACCGCCGCAGCCUGCCACGCGUCCCGCGGUAGCGCCGCCACGUUUCCCACGCAGGUUGCCGUCAGCUGGAGGCAUCGGUGAUCGAGACUGAAGACGUUGCGCGGAAAUCUGUAAAGCAGGCAUUAGCUGAUCCCUCGCCCGGCUGCGAGCCCAGGAGUGUUUGGCAGGGAGUCUUUUCCUCCUUUUAAAGCUCAGAGAGGUUUUUUUGGCCGGAGUCAGGAGUUCCUCGGUCCUCCCCAACGGGAGGAGAGCCUUGCAGGAGGGCUGUAUGCACAGCUGGGGAGCCACAAGCAGGAACAGUAGGGAUGGAGGAUGACGUCCUGGGUGCGGGGGGAAGUGUCCCAAGACCCUCGCGCUACACAGGCAGAAAUCCUCUGCACUUACCCGCCAGCAAUUGAAACACUCGUGAGCUCCCUUGCAGUGCAGUUUGAUCGCCGUCCAGAGCUGGGCUGCAGCACAUGCUGCAGGUGUCCUGAGUGUGGGCUUUCAGCAUGGGAAACAUCCCCAGGAAGCUACCCUCCCACGGACACCAGGAGUUCGUUGCUGUGGGGUGGGAUCCUCAAAGAAAAGUUGCUAGCGGAGGGUAAGAGCCCGGAGGAUGUUGGUCGGUCGGGGAAAAGACGGCUCGACGAUGCUGCUGUCCUGUUAAUACACGAACUGUAGGGUGGGCAAUCCUCUUCUGACUCUGCUCUUACUGAUUCAGCUGAAUCAGGAGUGACUCCAGAUUCACACAAGUUUGAGCAGAACCCGGGCUGCUCAGCUUUCCAGACUCAGAGAUUUCGUCGCUGUCAGGCCUCCUGGGCUUUGCUCCCCUUGAUCUCUUUCCUCUCACCCUCGUGGCUAGGAAGAGUGUGCGAGUGUGCGUGUGUGGGAAUGAGUGUGAGUGUGUGCACUCUUCCCUUCCAAACCUGCCAUCUCAGCACUGCACCUUCUUUCUGGGAGGGCCGCCUCCAGGAGCCCCGGGUGGGCUUGUUGGGAUCUCAUGUAGACCCGGGUCCCGCUGUGCCACGGUCAGCGAGCGGAGACAUUCUCGGUUGCAUUUGCAAGGUGCAAGCAGCUCAACAUUUGCACAUCUCCUGUUUCUUAUUUCCAUUUGGCUCUUACCAACAUGGUGUCAAUCUCUACACUUCGACUCUCAGGGCCACAUUCAUUCGAGAUUUACACCCAGCUCAGCCUUUGUGCAGUCAGUGGGAGUUGGAUGGGGUGUAAAGCACGGUAGAAGUCAAUUUUCCUCUGGUCACUAUGGGCAAUAUAUAGUAGCCAAGCUGGCAUCAGCCACGGGCUAGCCCAGAGGGUCCGAUUGUGAAGAGGUCUCACUGUACACGCUUGAAGGCUGUGAUGGGGAAGACAAUUUCUUCCACUCAGCAAAGGGUCAGCACGAGUAAGAGGCACCAAUAUACUGCUCAUAAGAGGUCCUCAGGCUCAUUUAUUGGGGUUGUCGCUCUUGGGAGUGCUACCCUAGUUUGAGAUGAGAGUCGGGGUUUCGGUGACUAUCCCUGAAGGAUGCAGCGUGUUGCACAGAUUUUGCAUGAAGAAAUGUGUUGCUUCCCUGUCCAUCAUAACUGCCCCCUUGGAAGUGGGAUCUCCCGCUCACAAGGUGCCGUAAGGAAGGUGCCAGCUGCUCUAUUGCAGAUGGACAGGGUAGCUCUAAUUUCUCCGUGUAAUUUUAACAGCUUAGCCUGGCUUGUAAUGUGCCCCCAGCCGUGUGUGUGCGCCGUGUAUGUGCGUGCGCCUUCUCUCUCUCUCGCUCUCCCCCGUUCUCAGAGGCUCAGAGCUGCUUUGAUUGAUUGUCUUCAGCUGCAGCUAAAGUCCAGCCAGCCAGUUUAUAGAGCUGGUUCCAGCCUCAAUUCUUGCUUUGAAAAACAUGACAUUUAAAACUAGCCGUUGGUUUUCCUACAUAUGGAUCUGAUGCUUGCGUUGAAGAUUGGUUUUGCCUCUUUCCUCCUGGAAUUGAAGGCUCGUUUGGAUACCGCAUCCCCUUGACCUCAGAGCACCUUUAUUCCAGUGCCAUGGUAACUGCCGGCUUGAAUUUAUGUGAUACCAUCAGAGUUCAGCAUUAAUAGCAGAUACGAAUAUCCCCAGCGGUUUCCAAUAGAAAACUAAUGUCAGUGUUGUCUGCAGUUACUAACUCUGUAAACCAACUCUUGCACAGCUCGGCGCUACAGGUCGAAGGCUUGCUUUUAUUCUUGUUCCUCUUGCCAUGCCUGGCUCAUCCACGUCCUUUUGGUUUAAGGACAUUAUCACAGAGAAAGGAAGGAGGAGGAAUUUUGAAGACAAAACAUCCCCGCUUCCCGCUUGACUCUCCACUGCCGUGUGCCUUGAAUCAUCAUUGAUACCAAAGCAGAGCGAAUGCAAAUUCUUAUGGCUAGUGUCAGUGAGCAUAUUUCUGACCGGGUAGCAAUGCACGCCUAUCGUAUAAAUGGUUGUGUAAGGCACAGGGCCGUGGAGAGACGAGUAGAGCCUUGUUCUGUAUCUCAGCCCCCGUGUUGGGCAGAUACAGCCCACAGCACUUAUAAGGUUUAUGGAGAGCUGGAAGCAGUCUUCAUGGGAAGCCUGGCUUAGUGGUCUGAGCACAGGACUGGGAGCCAGGAAUUGCCAUAUGUCAUAAUGUGCAUAUGACAUAAGGAGCAGGAUAGAUUUCUGAUUUCUUAUUACCACGCUGUCUGCUUCCUCGUCUGCAACACUGUGAUAGCACCACCUGCCUUAGCACUAGCAGGUUGUGGGCUGAGGGCCAGUUGUCACAUGCUUUGAAGGUGAGCAGCCUUCCUCCAGUGCUAAAUAUUAUGUCCUUGCUGGACUGAGUAGGAGACGAGCACAGCGAUCAUGACCGUCCCAGCCUCAGGGAUGGUUAGCAUUGCAUGAUGCCCAGCUACCACGUGCUGUACAUGCAGUGCAUCGGCAUUACAGAGUCAUGACUAUCGAAGCGCCAUCAUUUCACGCAGUGGAGGGUCAUGGUGCUAAGUUUCCCUGGGUCUGGAUUUUAUUUUUCAUUUGCAAAGGGGUCAGGACAGUUUCCUGAGGUGGGUUGUCCAGUUCAUUUCUACCGGGGAGUGUAUGAAAGAGCAUGGCGGUCCAGAGCUGCUCACAGUGAGAAGCAGGAGAGGGGGGCAGUAGCAAAUACUGCAUCGAACAUUCACUCUAGGCUAUGAAGUGCCUGCAGGAGCAUCUCUCCUAGCGAGAUGGUUGGUGGUGUAGCAUGGAAAAAGCAUGUGCAGCUGUAGGGCCCAGCUCUCUGAAGGUUGUGUUCCUACAUCCGCUUGUGGAGAGGAAGACUUUGGCACACGGUGGGUUCAGACUCUUCACUGGGGUGUCCAUGACUGCGACUCGAAGCGCAGUCCAUAGGUUGCCACAAAUACUCCAUGCCAUGGCUUUUUGCAGGUAUUGCACGGGACUCCUCACUCCAUUACACAUGCUCAGAGGGCCUGGGUACAUUUGUUGCUGCUAUUUAAAUGCCAGGGGGUUGCGGGGGGUUUUUUGGUUGUUUUUGCUGCUGCUGAGGAUGAAUUAGCCAUUUGCAUGGGAGAUUUUCCAGGCGGCCUACAGGACUGUAAUGCGCGUCCGCAUACUGCACCGGCUGCAUGGCGUGCGGCAUUUCUCUUGCCGUGUUUGCCGGUUACGGAAGGAGUGGGGGGCAGGAAGGGGGAUUUUUAUCUUGUGCAGCCCCAGGGCUCAGUUUGUGGAGGCGGGAUAGCAGUUUUGGAAGGCGGCGUGUCUACACAGCGCAAAGAGGCAGAGCAUUCGUCCCAGAAAUGCCACUUUCAGGAGUCCUCCUGUAUGCCCCAUUGUUCUUCUCGCAGGUGUGUAUGGACUAAUCUCAGCUCCUCCUCCAUGCAAAAGCCUCAUUUCUCGUCAGAACAGGAGUGAUCUGUGAUGUGACUUCAGUGCGGCAGGCGGAGACAGCAUGGCCUUAAUAUCAUGCAGAGAGAGCAUGUCACAAAGGCAAUUGCUAACGCAUGUGCUCACCCCCAUCCUUGGCCAACUUGUGUCCUUUUUAGUUUCAGCUUAAUAGGCUGUCUUUAAGGUGCUAUAGCAAUUGCUCGAUAAGAAGGGCCUCUAAAGUCCUUUCCAAUGCGGCAUUGAUCCCUUCAACCCAGUGCCACAGGCUGGGUCCAGGACGGUUGUAAAGGUCUCCAUCUCCAAGCUCUCCAUUGCUUUCCACGGGAAACGAAAUGAUGCUCUUGCCUCCCUGUGGCAAUCCCUGUACCCCCAUAUUGCUCCUGUUUCUUUUUUUUCCCCAUCCCAUUUCUCCUUAUGAUGUUCCCCAUCUCAGUAAUCUACACUUGAAAGUGCAGAAGCAGUGUCCUCCCUUUGUUACUGCUUUGCCAAACCUAGUCUUUCAGGCUGUCUUCAAAAACCUGCAGCCUCUAAAGGUAUUUGUUGGUUUUUGCUGAAUUUCUUCAUCUGCGUGGUGGUCUCUUAGGUACCGAACCGCCCAGCUGCAUGCGGGAUUCCUACUGCGGGUGGAUGGAGACGUGGAGAUGCUCAACGGUUUGCUUUGAUGGGUGCACAGAGGAAUAGUGCAGCUAUCCUAUCCUAUCCUAUCCUAUCCCUAAACACAGGCGAGGGGCUUGUUAGAGCUCAAUUCUCAGCUGGUUUAAAUGGGCACCUGUUGAUUCUGCUGAAUCUCCCCCCAUUUACUCCAGCUGGGAAUCUGUCCCAUUACCUAUUCAUGACUAUUCCCCCAUAAUGAAAAGCGAUGAAUGGAAAUCCCCCUGGAUUAUCUACGAAGUGGCAGGUUCCACCCCAUUAAUCUCGAUUGUUGUCCUGUAGCUGUUUAUGUCUAAGGAACCGCGUCUCCUCGUUCUGCAUGUAUGUACCGGAGGGUUGAGAUCGGAAAUCUAUGGAAAAAUAGUUAACAGCCCAGAUGUCCCCAUGUUUUACAGCCUGUUUCUCCCCGCCCCAGUGGGCUGUUUCCUUGAAAGCUAUUAGCCAGCAGCAAAGGGUGCAUUGCAGAGCUUUGUCUCUGCUGCUGGCCUCUCACUGAGCUAUAAAAUCCAGAUUGCUUCUUGUGAGACAGGAUCACAUCUCCUAAUUAAUAUUUUAGCUCAGCCUUUAAUAGAGCAGAUGCAUAGCAUGAAAUAUGACAUGUGGCUGGCCAGCGCUCUGUGGGGGAGCCACGCAGUCAGAUUUUCUUCUCCCCGUGUCUUGAUGGGAAGAAAGCUUCUGCUGGGCUGCAUUCAGCAGGCAGAGCUACUUUUUCCUGCCCCAGCAAACCCACACAGGAACGCCCAUUUUCCCCCUAAAAGUGUCUGCUUCACCCCGGUGGGGUUUAUUUAAUUCCCCAAAUCUUUGUAUUGGCGUCAGUGUUUUGCAUCGUGCGCACAGCGACGGGGGCGCUGGGACUGUUGGGCCCGCCGUGGGACAGCAGGAGUCUUGUGCAACAGCUGAGUGCACCGCACUACUGGAUGGGGCACGUCCUGAGUAAAGAGCUACUAGGUUAGCACAGGCAACCGUUGCCCAGCACCUGCUCCUUGGCCUACUUCUUCCCCCACUGACUCUGUAUUUAUAGUUGGAGCAAAGCAAGAAAUCUCCCCAGAGUCUCAAGCUGCCACUGCUGAGGGUGAGAGAUUGGCUGCGGCCGUCUUCUCUACCCAUCUCAAGGCGUGCGAUAGCACAGGAUGGUUAGCAAGGGGUUGUGCCUCAGAUUGUUUCCUGACAACCCCGAUAGAUCAUGCUCCCAUUUAUGUAACAUGUCAAAUACAGUCCAGUGGGUUACAGGCGGGGAGGGUUUAAUCCAUUGAGGAGCAAGAUUAAUAACGCUUUUCAAGGGACCUGGUGCAAUUCCACUCUGCCUGCUGCCACAAAUUAUGCCUGCACUUCCUCCAACUUUCCCUUUGCAGAGGCAAGACCAAGGGACCCGCUGUGAUGCCGAUCUUUCCAUUUCCUUUCUGCUCCUGAUCCAGCAGAGAAGUCCUUCUUGAGCUAGGCUGCUUCGGCCGUUAGGGGUUAUUUCCUCCCCUGGAUCUUGUGCCUCUCCUCCAGCUGAAUAAUUUGGCCCCAUCAGUGAUGAGCCUUUUAAACUGAAUAGCAAUUCUUAUUGCACUGUUUUCUCUGGGAGAGCCAUAGAUAGCACAGGCACGGCACAGACAGCGAGCCGCUGAAUCUCCCACUUCCAAAUAAAACCCACUUUGCCGGCUAACAUACUGUUAUCACCUACUGCAUGUGUGUGUACCACCUGCCCCGUAGUCGUGUUUCUCAGUAUGUUUCUGGGGUGAGAGUUGCAGCAGUGCAAAACCACUAGAGCAAAUGGGAGUGUCACUAAGCCAAGAGACAAAAGGUGACACCGUCUAGCAUUAUCUUUGCAUUAAUGGUGGGUGUAGCUGACUUAUAGUCUAUUAGGAAAACGUCAUCCCUUAGGUAACUACAUUGAAACCCAUUGCAUUUCCCCAGGAAUGAAAUUGGCCCAGUAAUAUUUUCAAAUGAGCUAUUUUAAUGCUUUUAUCUCUCAACUGCUGGGAAACUAUUAGCUACAAAUGUCCUCAUCUCAGUUUCAGCCAGCCUUUAAGGUCUGUUCUGAUUCCUUGGGAUCUCAGCAGCAUCCCUCUUUUCACGGUGUGGGGCAUAUUACCAAAUGUUUUUAGCUCCGUUAUUACAUUCACUGAUUGAUUUAUUUCUCUAACUCGUGUAUAUUAAUAAUUCACAGUGAAGUAGGCACAUCUCAGCUCAGGGCGUCUCAGCAAACAGGAAAUGACGAGUUCCCCAAUAACACGCCCUCUGCCAUUGGUACCAGAGUGAGCCUCGGUGAAAUCCUUCCCGGAAAUGGAGUGGAUCUGGAUUUACUCCAGUGUCACCGAAAUCUGAAUCUGCCAGAUAGAUGCCAGCAUGGAUUGUGUUUACUUCCUAGAGAGACUUGCAGUUUCCUCUGAGCCAUGGGGCACAUUUCCAGAGGUUGGGAGGUUUCAUGAGGAUAAGCUCAGCAGCUACUUAAAUGCUCUGGAAAUAGGGAUGGAAAUCUCACAAGAUCAGAUGCCCUUUGGAGGCUUCCAAUACUUUGUGGUUUCAGCUAGACCGGAAAAAACUUUCCUAUAGUUUAUUUCAUGGUGUUUGAUAUAUUACUUCCAUUCCUCCAACCUAGCCAAAUCCAGGAAGAACUGAGCUGUGCGCUGUUUUAAUAAGUGAAAGUAAAAAAGAGUUA